AUGCUGGCCACGGGCUGGUGCAUGCAUGGUCCGGUUGCUGCUCAGGCUUUUGGAUCUCAGGCUUUUGGAGCUCGACCAUCCGCCCCAACAGCACCUUGGCGACUGCAGGCUCCCAUCGCCCUGUCCGCCUUGGCAGCGGCGGGGAGUCGUGUGCGAACUCGGGGAAGUGAGCGGAGAGCUCUCCGUGGCGACCUCGAGCUGAGCUCGGGUCUGGGAUCUUUGGAGGGAGCCCAGGCCCUGGUGACCGGGGGCUCCCGUGGCAUCGGCCUGGCCACCGCGCAGCUGCUGCUCUCCCUGGGGGCGGAGGUCACCAUCUGCGCGCGGGGGGAGGAAGAUCUGGCGAGUGCGCAGAGGCAGAUGCCCCGAAGCUGCCAAGCUGUCCCUGCAGAUCUCGCAACGAAAGCUGGCAUUGAAGCACUGGUAGAUCAGCUGGGGCCGGAGCUGGAUAUCCUGGUAAACAACUGCGGGAUCAACAUCCGCAAGAGGGCGGAAGACUAUACAGAGGCGGACUUUGAAGAGAUCUUCAAUACCAACUUUAUGAGCUGUAUGAGGCUCUCAAGAGCAGUGCUGCCGCUGCUGCGAAAGGCCAGCGAAUCGAGCGGCAGAGCAGGUGGCGCGGCAAUAGUGAACGUCUCUUCGGUUGCUGGAACUGGCCAUAUCCCUUCAGGCUUUCCGUAUGCAGCAUCCAAAGCAGCGAUGAAUCAGAUGACCCGGAACUUGGCAGUGGAGUGGGCGCGCUUUGGAAUCCGUGUGAACGCGGUGGCGCCGGGAGCCAUCGCCACUCCCCUCGUGGCGAAGGCCAAUCCCACAUACAUUGAAGACUUCCGACAACGCAAACCCCUCGGACGCUUGGGCGAUGUGAUGGAGGUGGCACGGCCCAUCGCGUUCUUGGCCAGUGACGCGGCGGCGUUCAUCACUGGGCAGACGCUACAUGUGGACGGCGGCUUCACAGUCACCAGCUUCAACGAAGUUCCGGACUACUGGGUGGCUGUUGCCGUGCUCCACUUUGUUUCGAGAUUCUCGCGGAUCCGCGAUAACUAUGUUCCAAUUAGGUAUUUUGGUGACACGGGGCGCGAGGAGACGCCCAAGGAGGCAGACAAGGGCAGCCAGAAGAGAAGCGCGAGCUUCAAGCCGCUGCUCGCUGCAAAGAUCGUCGAAGUGCGCGAUACGUAUGGGAAGAUGUCGGCGAAAGCUCGCGGAGUCCGCAUCCACAACGGGCCCCUGGAGCUGCGAAAGGCGCUGCCGUCCAGGGACACCACGGAGUGGGUCCGGAGCGCAAAACAGCCCUAUUCGACGCUGGAGGCCUUGGACCCCACUCCGAAGCCUCCGCCAUCCUCCGGGCCGCCUCCGUUAUGGCUUCCGACCACCCUCAAGGGCCAGGCCAAGAAGAAGGUGGAACGGCAUGGCGACAAGGACAAGGACGGCAAACAGAAAUCUCUCGCCGAUUACGACGAGACGACGCUCUUCAGACGGCCUUGGGAUACGGAGCAUCACAUCAUGGUCUCUCGGAUGAACGAUGAG